AUGUCGUGGCUGCAGCUGCAACAGCGCCUUUACCCCAGGUUGCAGCAAACGCAGCAAAACUCGCAAGGUAAACUCUUAGUGACUGUUAUCAGGGCGACAAAUCUCCGAUUGCCAGGAAUUCAUUGGCUUCCACCACAAGCGGUGGUUGCCUUGGGCAAUCAUGAGCAACGUUCACCUUUGGGUGAAGCAUUUGGACCCCAUCCCAUCUUUGACUGGCGUGUCGAGCUGCCUUUCACAGGUCAUGAGUCACACUUGGUUUUCCAGGUCAUUUGUGAAGGGCAGCUCAUGGGAAGUUGCGUUUUACCACUGCGGGAUGUGCUCUCAGCAAGUUCUGGCUUCAAUCGUGCCCUACCUUUGAGGGAGGCAACUGGCGAAGGAGAUGAACGUUCAGAGCUCUUCGUACGGGUCACCCGUGAAGGGGACCUUGAAAUACCACCAGCGCAGGAGCAAAGUGCGGAGAGACUUCGCAUGAAAACAUCACAGGUGAGAGUGACCUUACGGAGUUUGCGCAUGGAAGAGAAUUUGGCCAUCGACAAAGGUAGCAACAAGAUUUGUGCCUAUGUCGUGGCUGCCUGCGGUCAGCAGACGGCCCGAACCAAAGCCGCAUUUUUGACUGCUGGCCAGAACGACAGGAACAAGUUUGUGUUCAAUGGCCUUCCAAAUAGCAACUUUGAUUGCGGAGAUCUUCUCCGUGGAAAGCUUGACAAGUACAGGUCUGUACCCACUCUCGAGGAGAGGCGAACAACGGAUCCACAGCAUGGCUAUCAUAUGCGGAUUGAGAACGGUUUGCAGGUCACCUACAGCAAUGUUCAAUUCACAUUCUGGUACCAGCAGCAAGAUCUUCUAGAGCUCAUGGUGUAUGACGAUUUGUUCAUGUACUAUCCUGAUAAUUUGGUUGCAACUGGGGCUGUGCAGCUCAACGAAGCUUUUCGACGUGCGUUCACACAGGAUGGUAGGCUGCUAGAUGAAGAUGGCAAACAACCUAAGGUCCGUAUGCAUGUGAAUCUUGCUCCUUCGCUUGCGAGCCUCCGUCCUUCUGGCACGUUGACUACUGCAACUUCGGUUGAUGAUGGUGGCACUGGCAGCACCGCCGGUUCCAAAAUUGGAGGAGAAAUUGAGCUAGAAAUUGAAUUCAUGGAAGAGCCAAUUGCGUGCCCAACUGCGCUGGAGAACACUUUCCGGCAGUCACUGGCACAAACCAAAAAGGCGGAGGAAUUGCAGCGUAGAAGCUUGCAGUUUCUGGCAGAGAUUGGUCGUGACACAAGGCCCUCUGGUCUUCCAGUCUUAGAGGAUCUUUUUGCAGAACAACGAGAAAACUUGGCAAUCCUUUGCUGUACAUGUGCCGUGGUAGCAGCUCGUCGCGUUGUCGGGCAUGAAGAGCGCGUGGUGGCAGUCUAUGCAAACCGCCUGGAAGACAUUGUCCAGGAGAUUUGUGAAGUGCUUUUGGAGACUGGGACAGCGACUGGGACGGUGACUGAGCUACAACUGGAUCUUCUUACGUGUGCUCGCCGGGCAGUGGGAUACAAAACGGUGGAGGAGGCUGCGGAUCGAUAUCGGCAGUCUUGUCGCAGCACCCAGCAAAUGGAACAUUUGCUACCUUUGGGCACUUUGCUUUGCCUCCUCAGGCCAUGCUAUGGAGCCCUACUGCGCUCGUCUUUACAAAGGGCAGCAGAAGCAAUCGAACCAGGAGCCACAAUCUUUCUGGAGCUCCUCGAACGGUAUUUGGUGGCCAUGGGGGAGUUACAGGUGUCAGACCCUUUGACUCUGCAACUAGGAACAGAUCAAGCAGAAAUCCGAGAACUAGCUGAUACUGAGUUCACUCCAGGGGUGGAGCAGCAAGACCAGCUCCGCUUAGGCCGAGCAGCUGUAUAUGCCAACUUUUUGCCGGACAUCGACGGCAACCGUUUGUUGGAUGCCGAAAUGAAAGAAUUGGAGAAGGAUACCUUGCCUGGACAAUACCCAUACAUUGUACCAGGCUCUUUGUGCAUCGGUGGAAUAUGUGGAGCUUUGAUGGCCUUCUCAGUUGUUGAGACAGCAGAAAUUGUGCACACUCUGGACACUCGGGUGUUUUGCCACAAGGAUAAUCAACACAUGGCAAUUAUGAGGGCUUCUUGUUGGCUGAUGCAGGAUUCAUAUUUGGAUAGCUUUAUGGAGUGGGUUGCAGAGUCCCCUGCGUGGUUCAAAGGCAUAUUCUUGAUCGCAGGAUUCAUGGAUGGCAAGACGGCUUUCACAAACAUGCGCCGCCGAGUAUUGAAAAUGCAAGAGCUUCGGCUUGAGGCGAUAGGUCCUUCCUUGUCUCCUCACAAAGUAGUUUGCAUAUCAGGUUUUUUGCGUUCCUUGGCAGACGUCUGCCAACCAUGGGUGGUGGACCCAGAUAAACCUUGGACUUCAGGCCAGGUCUACUUCCUUCGUUUCGAAACAGCCGUCUUGUAUUCAUUGGGUUUGCAACUCAGUGAUCUCUUGGCCCGUGAUCUGAAGCGAAGUGAAUCCGUGGCCCGUUUCUUGCUCUCCUGCACAAAUCUCAUUUCCUUCUCGCAAGGGCUGAUCUCCACGCUGUUGGACGAGCUUGGUGACUUGAUUGACCGAGCCAGCGCCCGAGCUCAGCAGGUUGGAAAGCUGUUGGCCCGACAGCUGGUGGAAGCACAUAGCAAUGCGCGGAGGCAAGCACCAUUUACUGUAAGUCUCAUGGGAUAUUCCACUGGUGGGGUGGUGGUUCAGAGCUGUCUCAGGGAGCUCCAAGAAAUGGUGACAGAUGGCAAUCCGGUGGCUCGGGACAUCGUUUGUGAUGCAGUGAUGCUAGGCACACCGGCUUUGGCUUUGAAUGAGGAUUGGUCAAAGCUUCGCCAGCUGGUCAGUGGCCGUUUUAUCAAUGGCUUCUUCGCACAAGACUCCUUCCUCAUGUCCUAUCAGUUCCGUCGGGGUGGAGCACCCAUGGCUGGAUGCAGCCCUUUGCGGGCACCAGACGUGGAGAAUGUGCCAAUGGACUCAUUCAUCACUACUCACAAUGAAUAUGCGGAACAGAUGCCACUGAUACUUCAAAGGGUCUUUCAGGGCACUGUUUGACCGAGCAAUAUUUCAUUAUUGGUUGUAUUUCGUUAAUUGUUUGCUUCUACACCCUCCUGUAUCCAAAGAAGGUACAGAGGAUCGUUGCAGAAGUGUCUGGACGCUUGCCAUGACCGAUGGUCAAAUGUUUCAUUAGAAGCACUCUGUGGAUCUCUGUGACACAUAACAUAGUGGCAUCAUAGUGGCAUGCACUGCAGGCUGCAUUGACAUAUUGAUUUCCAUUUCGUGCGUC